AUGCUGCGGGCCGCCCUGCUGCGGGCCGGGCGGUGCUGCCGGCGGGGGCUCCGGCGGGGGGGGCUGGGGGGGGCCCGGGGGGCGGGGGGGGGGCCGCGCCCGCCGGGCCUGGGGGCCGCGGAGCCCCGCGGGGGCCCGGGCAGCACGCGCUACGGACUCGUCUACACCUGCAAGGUCUGUUGGACCAGGUCCACCAAAAAGAUUUCCAAGGUAGCGUACCACAACGGGGUGGUGAUAGUUACCUGCCCGAAGUGCCGGAAUCACCACAUCAUUGCAGACAACUUGGGCUGGUUUUCGGAUCUGGAUGGGAAAAAGAAUAUUGAAGAAAUUUUGGCAGCCAAAGGGGAGAAGGUGAGGCGCGUGGCCAGCGAGGAAGCUUUGGAAUUAGUUUUGGACACUGCCGCAGCUAAAGAUUCGAGUUGUUCCUCUGAGGAAGAAAAUGGCAAAAGCCUCACAGAAGCCAUUAAGAAGGACCAACAGUGAUCAGACGGAUUUUUUUUUUUUAAAUCUUGUUGCUUACACAGAAAGAGAAUGUUGCUGGGGUUUCUUUCAUUUGUGAGUAUGUUUUAUAAAUAAAAAUAGCUCGUCUUGAUAAUUGAA